AUUAAUGUUUUCCCAAAUAUUCCACAUCUUUUAAAUGCGUUAGUGAUCCAAUGCUAAGAGGUUUUUUUCCCUUCCUUCAUUCAACAGGACCUCCAUUGGUUGGAUUUGGUGAGGGUGGGGUUUUGCGUUAGAGCGAUUGACGUAGCAAUGGGUUUUAACCGAGGCGCAGUUUGGGUAGGAACAGAGAAAAGUGUUUUGAGGCCAAGAUAAAAGGGGAAAAAACACAAGACUGAAGUGGUGCGAAGGUUUGAGGGUGUUUGUUUGUUGUGUAUAUUUGCGGUCGUGGUGUCCUGCGCGCUUCCAACCUGUGUGGAGCCGCUGGAGUGGGCACAACUGGUGUCCUCUCAUAUUCCCAGCUGCAUCCACUUGGUGUUGAACAUCAGGUGAGCAUUUCGGACAAAAAUCCAGCUUCUUCUUUCACUUUAUUGGGCUUGACUGUUUUUUUAAAAUCGAGGAACAGAGAGAGUGGACACACAUAAGACACACAUAUGACCAAGAUCCGCGCCCUGAGGCGUUCCGGUGAGCGCAUGUUGGACCGGUGAGAGUGUGGACUAGUAUGAAGCGCAAUGGCUUGGUGUGACCGCAGGGUUCAAACGCUGCUGGCCACUUUGGGGGCUUUCGCUGCCUUUAGCCUAAUGACCAUCGCCAUCGGCACGGACUACUGGCUCUACUCGCGGGCGUACAUCUGCAACUCCACCAAUGCCACCACAGACGAGACCCAGUCACAGCCCAAAACCAAGAGAGGCGAUCUCACCCACUCCGGUCUGUGGAGAAUAUGUUGUAUUGAAGGCAUCAAUCAAGGCAGCUGUUACAGAAUCAACCAUUUCCCCGACGAUAAUGACUACGACACAGACAGCUCUGAGUACCUUCUUCGUAUAGUCCGUGCCUCCAGUGUGUUUCCCAUCCUCAGUACUAUUCUGCUGAUGCUGGGCGGGCUGUGUGUCGGGCUGGGCCGAGUCUACAACAAGACCAGCAACGUCCUCCUCAGCGCAGGCAUUCUCUUUGUAGCUGCAGGUCUGAGCAACAUAAUUGGCAUCAUAGUCUACAUCUCCAGCAAUGCAGGAGACCCCAGUGAUAAACGGGAUGAUGACAAGAAGUACACUUAUUCCUACGGCUGGUCGUUCUACUUUGGCGCCCUCUCCUUCAUAGUGGCGGAAACUGUGGCUGUCCUUGCCAUCAACAUCUACAUUGAAAGAAACAAGGAAGUUCGUUGGAAGGCACGACGCGAGUUCAUCCGUUCGCUCUCUUCCUCUUCCCCGUACUCGAGGAUACCAAGCUUCCGCUACCGCAGGCGGACAUCUCGCGCCAGCUCUCAUUCAACAGAGGCAUCGCGAGAGAACUCGCCUGUGGUCGGUCUGAAGGGGAGGCCUUCUUCCAGUGGGGCCUUGGACGAGCUGUCUAUGUACGCCCUGGCAAGGGACAGUGUGACGGAGAACACAUAUAGCCCCGAACAUGAGGCAUCUGCUGAGUUCCUCCAGGUUCAUAACUGUUUCCCCAAUGAUUUAAAGGACGGGGUGAAUCGCAGGACCACACCGGUGUGAUGGGCAUGUUGCUGGGCUCGAGGUUCACCUCAAAGAUGAGGAAUAGUAAAUGAUGAAGAAUCUAAUGGCUAAUCUAGCCUGAGUGCUUGUGAUAGCCUGCCACCUUAAAUGCACAGUAUUUGGAGAGACUGUCCUUUUUGAAAAGACCUGAGGAUAAAAGAGGACAGUCCGCUGAGCCAGUCAACUGAACCUUCAUUUAUCUGCCUGUAGAGAUCAUCAAAGCAGAAUAAAUGUACAUAAUCUGUGCAGUAGCUGAUUUGAAAUUGGUGUUCUCUUUCAAAUGUCGAAAUGCUUUUAUUGAGCAGUGUGUGAAUCACAACCCUUGUCUUUGUAAUGGUCCCUAAACAUUGUGGGUGUGGCAUCAGCCAAUCAGCAGUAUGCUACCUGUAAAUUAUUCAACAAGGUGCUAAAUGACAUAUACUCUUGAACUUGAAAGUGUUCCUUUUGUGUGUGCAGUUUCUAUAAAGUGUUGACUCUCCUCCAAAGUUUGUACUGCGUCCUCAUAACCUGUUUGGUCUUGCCUUAUGCUCUAAUCAUACGUUUGAUAGAGACAGCAGCACAGUCCUUUAGAAUAAUGUAUGGCCUUUUGAACAAACAAACUAAUAUUUUUGCGGUAGUAUAAAUUGGGAGUCACUGUCUUCACUGAUGAUUGACUUGCUGAGUUGUAUUGUAUUGAAUGUUUAGUAUUUUAACUAACUGUACAAGUCCACCAUCAACCAAAAUGUCCACGUUUUCAGUAGAGCACCUUUGUUCAAUGGCCCCUUUUCAUUUCAACACCUCCUGAUGGAUGUGACAUUGUGUAUGUGCCUGUGACAAGAGAAGAGCAGCUGACAAAAAGAUAGGUCCUAAAACUGUGAAAAUGGCACAGGUCAGGACUUCCCUUUGCUCUGAAUGAAAACAGAGUGUGUUUAAUGGAUAAGGAUCAGAGCCAGGCGGAGAAUUCUUGUCGGUCUGUCACAUCGCCUGUGAGUCCAUCUGGCGGCUUUUCCCCCCCUCCCAUGUUGAACACAGGACCCAGAAAGAGGCAGAGGGAGCUGUCUGCUCUGCGUCUCUGAAGGAUUUGGCUUCAAUAACCAGACGUGUGUGUGUGUGUGUGUGUGUGUGUGUGUGUGUGUGUGUGUGUGUGUGUGUGUGUGUGUGUGUGUGUGUAGUGUUGACCUGCACGUCCAUGAUUCUUUAAGUUCUCUCAGGAAAUACUGUGUUGUUGUGCCAGGUUAAGCACUUUUGAGGUCCUCUCCCUACUUUUUGGGAGUGCUGGGAGAUGGACCAGUGAUAAAGAUAAGACUGGUAAAAAGGAUUUGAGGGAGAAAAAAAAUGCCAUACUGUAUUUAUUAAAUGCUGUGACUGUGCUUUGAGCUUGAGCUUUCUCCAAGAACCAGCUGGUGUAUUUUUGAUUUCAGUCUUAGGGCUAUUCACUUUCUGGUUCUGGUAUGGGAAGUGAGCUCACCCAACCACAGAGUCAUAUUUGAUUGUAUUUAAUGUUUGAUAUACCAUUAGAGAUAACACUUCAUAUACCAGGCUUAGCUCAUAGAAUAAAAAUAAGCCAUCAGUAUGAUCCAUUCUGAGUGUACACUUUUAUAAUAUGCUUUUGGGGGUAAAAUCCAAAUGUAUUUGUUUGUAACGUAAAGCUGUAUACAAAAGUACAAUAAA